CUCCUGCUCUUUGCCUCCCUGCUGGCCCUGCUGGCUCCUCUUCUUGCUCUGAACAUUGCAAACCUGGAAAACCUGAAGGCAAAGCCAGAAGAUAUCAUUAAUCUGCAUUCAGAUACAUAUGGAGAGGACUCGAAGAGCAAAGUCGCUAACCCGCAGCAGCGCAAUUUGCCCAAGGACUGCAGUGAGGUCUCUGCUAGCAGCCCCAGUGGUGUCUACGUGAUCCAGCCCACAGGACUGCACCCCAUUGUGGUGUACUGUGACAUGAGUGUGGCAGGGGGGGGCUGGACAGUCAUCCAGAGGAACAACCGGACCACAGAGAUCACCUGGGACGAGUCCUGGAGCACCUACAAGUACGGCUUUGGCAACGUGGUCACCGAGUACUGGCUGGGCACUGAGUACAUCCAUCAGAUCUCCAAGCAGAAGGUUUACCUGGUCAGGUUUGUCCUCUGGGAUGCUUCAAACACCACCAAGUUUGCAGACUACAACCUCUUCUACGUGGAAGAAGAGUCCCAGGGCUACCGGCUGAGGCUGGGAAGCUACUCGGGCUCAGCAGGAGAUGCCAUGGGCUCUACAAGUACUUCCUCAGUGCAUGACAACAUGAAGUUCUCUGCUAAAGACCGGGAUCAGGAUGCUUACAGUGGCAACUGUGCCUCCAGCUAUGGGGGUGGGUGGUGGUACUCGGCCUGUUAUGCCGCACGGCUGAACGUCAAGGGGGCCAUAAGCUGGGGCAGCCUCUGCAGUGGGAACUGCAAGGCUUCUGCCAUCCUCCUCAAACCAGCUCCCUACUGCUAG